ACGCUUGUUUCAUUUUCAUUUUGAAAGUUUUAGAUCCAUUGCAGAUCUGUCGACAAUCAGUAACAUUUAGUAGUAGACUUAUAUUUUAGCAAAAUUCAGACAUGCAAGAUAAUAAAGUAGCUGACACUACUUUGAUAACUAUUGUAGCCAUUAUGUUAUUAUUUUAUUUUAUUUAUAAAAAAUGUAUAAAACGAAAGGAACGACAAAUUUUGCGAACAACCAGUUCAUCGUCAGUUAUGAUCGUUAUUGGAUCAGGUGGACAUACAAGAGAGAUGCUUUGUCUUGUUGACAAAAUUGGAUCAAAAUACUCCCCACGCUACUACAUCAUUGCUGACACAGAUCAAAUUAGUGAACAGAAAGUACAUGCUUUAGAACAGCAAUACAAAACCAGAAAUGGAACAGAAACAGAGUACAGUAUCCAUAAAGUGCCACGCAGUCGAGAAGUAAGCCAAUCAUGGAUAACGACCAUAAUGUCUACAAUAUAUGCUGUUCUUUACAGUUUUCCCAUUGUUUUUCAACUAAAACCCGAUCUUAUUCUGUGUAAUGGUCCAGGGACGUGCAUUCCAGUCUGUUUUGCAGGACUAAUUUUAAAGUGGAUUCAUAUCAAACAGACACUUAUUAUCUACAUAGAGAGUAUUUGUCGUGUGGAGUCCUUGUCGAUGUCGGCUAAAAUUCUGUAUUAUUUAGCAGAUCACAUGCUGGUGCAAUGGCCUCAACUCCGGAACAGAUACCCGAAGUGUCAAUACAUCGGGAGAGUUGUUUAGUAUUUGCAGUCAUUGCCAUCAUUUAAUAAAAAAAAUUCAUUAUGAAAAAAA